GAUUCAAACUGGGGAGCCGCCGGCUCGCGGGAUCGGCGCUGGCGCUGCCGCAGCCGCCCUGCCCCGGGCCAUGGAGCAUCGCAUCGUGGGGCCCGGGCCGUACCGGGCCACCAGGCUGUGGAAUGAAACAGUGGAGCUUUUUCGUGCUAGGAUGCCCUUACGGAAACAUCGCUGUCGUUUCAAGAGUUAUGAGCAUUGCUUCACAGCGGCUGAAGCUGUGGAUUGGCUGCAUGAGCUGCUGAGGUGCAGUCAAAACUUCGGCCCCGAAGUGACUCGCAAACAAACGGUCCAGCUGCUAAAGAAAUUCUUGAAAAAUCACGUUAUUGAAGACAUUAAGGGAAAAUGGGGUCAGGAAGAUUUUGAAGACAACCGUCACUUAUACAGAUUUCCUCCUUCUUCACCCCUGAAACCAUAUCCAAAGAAGCCCCCAUACCAAAAGGAUGUUAUUAAAUUUCCAGAAUGGAAUGAUCCCCCACCAGGCACUUCACAAGAGAACAUCCCAGUGAGGCCAGUGGUGAUGAAUUCUGAGAUGUGGUACAAGCGUCACAGUAUUGCUAUUGGUGAGGUGCCAGCUUGCCGUCUCGUCCACCGCAGACAGCUGACAGAGGCCCAUGUAGAAGAGAUAUGGAAGUCUAUGACAUUAUCAUACUUACAGAAAAUCCUUGGCUUAGAUUCCUUAGAAGAAGUUUUAGACAUCAAACUUGUCAACUCCAAGUUCAUCAUCCAUAAUGUGUAUAGUGUUAGCAAGCAGGGAGUCGUUAUCCUUGAUGACAAAUCAAAAGAACUUCCUCAUUGGGUGCUGUCAGCUAUGAAGUGUUUGGCAAAUUGGCCCAACUGUUCUGAUUUGAAGCAGCCUAUGUACCUGGGAUUUGAAAAAGAUGUCUUUAAAACUAUAGCAGAUUACUAUGGUCACUUGAAAGAGCCACUGCUUACGUUUCAUCUUUUUGAUGCUUUUGUCAGCGUAUUAGGUUUGUUACAGAAAGAGAAAAUGGCAGUUGAAGCAUUUCAGAUUUGCUGCCUCCUCCUGCCUCCAGAAAAUAGGAGAAAGUUACAGCUGUUGAUGAGGAUGAUGGCAAGGAUCUGCUUAAAUAAGGAGAUGCCACCACUGUGUGAUGGCUUUGGCACCCGAACACUGAUGGUUCAGACAUUUUCCCGUUGCAUCUUGUGUUCCAAGGAUGAAGUGGACUUGGAUGAGUUAUUAGCUGCUAGGUUGGUGACGUUUCUGAUGGACAAUUACCAGGAAAUUCUGAAAGUCCCAUUGGCCUUGCAGACUUCUAUAGAGGAGCGUGUGGCUCAUCUACGAAGAGUCCAGAUAAAAUACCCAGGAGCUGAUAUGGAUAUCACUUUAUCUGCUCCGUCAUUUUGCCAUCAAAUUAGUCCAGAGGAAUUUGAAUAUCAAAGAGCAUAUGGCUCUCAGGAACCUCUGGCAGCCUUGCUGGAGGAAGUCAUAACAGACGCUAAACUCUCCAGCAAAGAGAAAAAGAAAAAACUGAAGCAGUUUCAGAAAUCCUAUCCUGAAGUCUACCGAGAACGAUUUCCUACACCAGAAAGUGAAGCACUUCUGUUUCCUGAAAAACCCAAACCAAAACCACAGCUACUAAUGUGGGCACUAAAAAAGCCGUUCCAACCAUUUCAAAGAACUAGAAGUUUUCGGAUGUAAUACUUCCACAGCAACAGGGGUUAGAGACCUUCUGUUAUUGUUGUUGUUGAUGUUGUUGUUUUGAGUGAUUCGUGGUUAGGAGAAGGACUAUGGUGGUUGAAGAAAGAAAUGCAAAACAUAUAGACUACUGAAAUUCAGAUAAAGAUUAUCUGACUUAAAAAAUGUUGAGCCAUUAUCAGUAUUUUUGUAAAACUCAGUGCUAUUUUUAAAGUGUACAAGUCAAUAAAAACAAUUGAGUCAAAUAUAUAGUGGCAAUGUUAACAUGUUUGUAAUUGUUACCAAAUUUAAGGGUAAAGUAUUUUCAUCUUUUUAUUUGUUGUUUUUCACGGUGUUUAUAAUAGUUGUGUGUACAUCCUAGUGACUGAUGUUUUUGUUAUAACCAAGUCUUAAAAACACUGUUUAUACUUGAAGAAGAAAGACACUGUGUACUGUUACUGUGAUGCUGUUGCCUUAACAGCCAUUUGUGAUUUCCCCUAUGUAAAUUCCAUUUUUCAUUGUUGUACAAAAAUCUUAAUGUCCUAUA